AUGCUUCGCCCUGAAGACGAACCUGCCACAACAACAGUCGAUUUAGGCCCGGCAAAAGAUAUCCAACAUACCGACGACUACACUAAACCCGCACAAGCAAGCCCAGUUCAAAAGGAUAAGAAGAAACUGCAAUUCCACAUGGCCAACAAAAUUCAGAUCAUUCCAAAUAAUCGACAGGGUCAACUCAAUACCGGAUAUUUAGGGACAAUCGGUGGCGUGCUGAAAAUUGCCGAAAUUAUUCUGUCUUUCGUCGCUUUUAUACUGGCCAUAUGUGCGGAUAGAAGGUCUACAACCGCAGCAUGGACCGAACAUAUCACUUUCGAGACGAUGAUCGUUGUUUGUGUGUUACUUGCCGGUUAUGUUUGCUUUCCACAUCUUACAGUUCGUGAGGAGCCGACUAGAGAGGGAUUGAUCGUUGUGGAACUGCUCUUCUAUGGGAUCAAUACCUUAUUCUACUUCAUUUCAAUCUGGUUGAUGGUACAUUUAUCAGCUAGUUGGGGUACAGAUGGA